UACCUCGUUCAGCCUCAAAAAGGCGCGAAAAACUGCUGAUAGUUUUUCCGUAGAGUUUCCGUUGAUACGAUGCCUCGCGUUCCACCUGCUUAUUCGGAUGUCUUUUACAGCCCGCUAACUGAAGACGUGGAGGAACUGCUGGGCCGUUUCCAGCGGACAGACUCUGUCAGGUAUGAGGACUUCUCGGCCAUUUGGAGGGACAUGAGAUUCUCGGACGUUUUCUUGGGCAUGACCAACAACGGUGAAAUUAAGAGAUUUAGCAGGGUAACCAUGGCAACCGCCAUGAAAUACUUCCUGCCACCGUACAGCUACCAGAUCCGAACGGGCGGUUUGUAUCUGAUGUUUGGUUUUUACAACAUGCAGCUUGCCGUUCCUCCGGUGAGGAUCAGACUGGCUCUGAAGGACUGGGAUCACGUGCAAGCCUUUCUCAGAGACUCUGUGGACGCGCAACACUAUGAUGUGGUUUAUAUAUACCAGAAGCUUGUUGCAGCUAAAGCCUUCCACUACACAGCCAUGCCUCAUUUUCUCACCUUCCAGAAGCACCACAACCUAAAGAAUGACCCUUUGCCUGCGGAGUUCCUGGGCAGGACAACUGCAGUCCAGGAGCUCAUGUCUGCAGAUUUCCUGGAUGAGCUGGCCGACAUCCAGAGACACUAUGAGAAGCUGAAGGGGGGCACCAUGAAGGUGAACACCCAAGUCAACAUGGUCAACCCAGAGUUAGCUCUUCAAGUAAAACAUUGCAUGUCUGAGUUCAUCACAUGGCAGGAGAAGACUUUCCCCGCACAGAGCAAAAAACACAAGAAGGCUGGAGAUGAAGAUGAUGAGGAGGAGGAAGAAGAGGACGACGACGACGAUGUUGAGCCAACUGAAGAAGAAUCCUGCAGCAGAAGAGCCAGGCUCCUAUCCUCCAUUAAGCAGAAGAGCUACAGAAACUAUCAGGAGGUGUCCAAGUCCAGGAGACACCGACAUGUUGAGGUGGUGGACUCCUGCAGCUCUGGUGCUAAGCAGGCCUGGAAAGCUCCUGUUCCUCAGAAGAAGAAGAGGCCCAUUUCUCUACGGGCCCGGACCUACAAGAGCCUGGGCGUGACCAAGGAAGACAGCACUGCCCAAGCCUGGCUUCUGAGUGUUCCUGAGCAGCUGGAGGGGCUGCUAAAUGUGAAGAGGCUAGACCAGUCUGCACCAUACAAGUUGUCAGAGUAGAGGAUCUUUACCUCCACUUUUUGGUCAAGAGCUUAGUUGGCUAUGUUCCCAAUGAUCGAAUAAGUUACGGUUCCUGAAAUGUUUCGGUGGAAGUAUUUAUUAAUUUAUCAAUAAAUUGCUCUUAAGUUUUCAUCUUUCUCCUAAAUUCUGUUCAAGCUAGUUUGUCUGGGCAAGAACCCUUAUGACAAUACAAUGAGAGAAAAGUUAAAUAUCUGUACUUAAGAUGUCAACUUCCUAACUGAUCAGUUAUGUUUCUUUUUAAACAAAAUGUUCUUGCUUUUCAUAUUCAGCAGUAGGAAUGGAAGAGGGAAUGCACAAAGUACAGGCAAAUAUCCAGAUGUUUGUUUUUGUAAUUGGACACCUGUGAAUUUUCAGGCUUCCAGAUGUCUUUGGUUUUGAAAAUCUUUAUAAAAACUACACUUACCUCAUUCAAAAUCUUCUGAGGGAACUGGAUCCUUGCAUGGGAACCUAACCUCACAGUUUAUCGGUUACUUGUUUUGGUGUAUUGGUGUCGGUUUCAUUAAAAUUAUUGCUCCCA